AUGGCCCAAGCGCGAGUCUCCUCGUCGGGAGCGCACUUGUCGUAUUCCACGCCGCCCAGCCCACUCUCUCUGGACGGCAAGCCGCACUCGCUGGAAGGUCGGGUCGGCAACCAGUCGCUGGAAGGUCGGGUCGGCAACCCCCCUCACGCGCGCUCGCAGCAAGUCGCUGGUGUGGCGGAGGCGGCAGAGCUGACGGCGGAGCUAGGCGCGAUGGGCGGAGACGAGGAUAUGGCGGAAGAGGGGAGCAGCGAUGGCGGAGGGGGGUUGGAGUGGCGGCGAGUGGUGGCGAUGCUGAUGUCGGACACGAAACACGCGAUGCACACUGUGGAUAGCGUCAUGGGCGGGCAGGACGAGCAGCAGCAGCAGCAGCAGCACCACCAUCAGCAGCAGCAGCAACAUCACGACGAGAUGCGAAACCAGGAGCUGUCGUACCAGCAUGUUGGUACGCAUCAAGAUCAGACUCAGCUUUAUCAGCAUGAUCACAAGUUACAGGACGAUCACGAGAAACAGCACCCGUGGCAGCGGCUUGAGAAUGAGACUGCGCAGUGUCAGCAUCCCAAAUGGCAGGCGACCCCAUCCGCCUCAUCUCCGCUCAAGCUCGUUAUACCCAUCCCUCGGCACCACGUGGAGACCCGCGCCGCAGCGACUACCACAGCAGCACACGUCGGCGAUGCCAUGGCCGGACCAGCCUCCAGCGAUUGGCUCACGGCCCACCAACUCCAAAGCCCGUGUCGACAGCUUCAAGUUUCUCCUGCGGCAACUCCCGUGUUCUCGACUCCUGGCCGCGACCCACCACUGCCUUACGAUCCAGUCGAAAUCGCCAGCGACGGUAAGCCGCGCCGAGUCCCGGUUCGACACUGCGAAAGGAGCCUCCAGCCGCUCAAGCUGUCGCUGACUGAAGCUCGUCCGCAUGACCUGCUUGGCUCGGAGCAGCCCGCGUCGGAGGGAUCAUGGCGAAGCAAGUCGAAGCGGCGCGAGGAACUAACAGUGGGGUCACCUCGCGCUCAAGUGAUGUCGUCUGGCGUGCAGAUGGUGUCGCCUGGCGACGGGAUCGCGUCGCCUGCCAGCCUGACGGUCUCCCCUGGCGUUCGGAUGGCGACGUCGCCUGGCCUACAGUCGCCGCCAACGAUUCUGCUCGACGACAUGAGCGCACGGAGUGGGCGAAGCGCGCCGAAGCGAAGGCGCGGGCAGUCCGGUUCUUGGGAGGCUCGCGGAAGCAGCGCUUCCCCAGGUGGCAAUAGAGCGGCAGUUGCGGACGAGGAGCGCCCUGCAGUCACCGCGUCACCCGCCGCUCCCGCCACCCCAUUCGAGGGGCCUGAUUGGCUGCACCACCUGCACUCGGGCAAGCUGCAAACGCUCCCCAUCAUGCUACGGAUGGAGACGACCAAGGAUCGCAUUUCGCUACUACGACAACUCGUCGCACCUGCACUAACGAAGGGAGACACGGCGACGGUGCUUGGCGAAGUCGAACAGUUUGUGAGGGCAGUCUACGAGAAGCUCAAGGAGAUCAGCAACGGUCACGAGCAGCACGUCGCGUUUCCCGCCAAAGGGAAUGCCGAGGGGUG